UGUGGGACCCAGGUGUCAGUCUCCCACUGCUCGUUCCCUCCCCGGAAACUCCAAUCUCCACGGACCUCCGAGUAGCCGGAGGGCGGAGGCGAUGGCCUCGCCAGCGGUGGCGAUGCGGCGCCCCUCGCCGACCGUCCGCGCUUCCGCACCUCGCCGCCGUCUCCGCCGUCACGGGUAUUCGCCUUGCAACCUGGGUUUUCAAAGUUCAGCUUCACGGUUAAAGGUUACUGCACUUUUUGGGUGGAUUAAGGGCGAUACGAGGACUCGUGAAUUGAUCCCUUCUGCUGAAUCAUACACUCUCACAGGGUCAGCCUCAGAGGUAGACAUGAAACCACGUGAGGUAUCAAUCUCUGUUGUUUCUUCUAUCAUGGACAUUCCUCCGGCAGAAUGGGAUGCCUGUGCAGUUGAUUCAGCUGAGCCUGAAAAGCUAAAUCCUUUUCUUACCCAUGCAUUUCUCUCAAGCUUAGAAGAAUCAGGUUCUGCAGUGAAGGAAACUGGUUGGUUACCUCUGCAUGUUGUUGCACGGGAUGAGGUCGAAAAUAUUAUUGGUGUUGUUCCGCUUUACCUGAAAAGCCAUUCUAGAGGGGAGUUUGUAUUCGAUCAAUCAUGGGCAGAAGCUUACUACAGCUAUGGACUUGAAUACUAUCCUAAGUUACAGUCUUGUGUGCCUUUUACUCCAGUAACUGGCCAAAGAAUAUUACUUCGAGAUACGCCUUACCAGGAUCAAGUUUUUGAUGCUUUAGUAAAAGCUUUAAAGAAUCUGGCUACCAAGCUCAAGGUGUCAUCACUGCAUAUAACUUUUCCAUCUGAAGGUGAAUUCGGAAAACUGAAGUGUAAUGGGUUGAUGCAGAGGAUCGGCAUGCAAUACCACUGGAGAAACCGAAAUUACAAAAGUUUUGAUGAUUUUUUGAUGGAUUUGAAGCAGCCCAAACGGAAGAAUAUCAGGCAAGAACGCAAAAAGAUUCCUGCUCAAAAUUUGAAAAUGAAGCGACUUCGUGGAGAUGAAAUAAAGAGCAGCCAUUGGGAUACCUUCUACAAAUUCUACCGCAACACAACUGAUAAUCACUGGGGCAGACCGUACUUGACAAGAGAAUUCUUCCACCUUUUAGGAGAGAAGAUGGGUGACAAGGUAAUGCUUAUUGUCGCUGAACAUGACGAUAAACUUGUCGCUGGAGCUCUUAAUCUUAUUGGAGGUGAUACAUUAUUUGGUCGCUUAUGGGGAUGCCUGCCAGAUGCUUAUUUCCCCAAUUUGCAUUUUGAAGCUUGCUAUUAUCAGGCAAUUGAAGCAGCCAUAGAAUUAAACUUGAGUAAGGUGGAGGCAGGUGCUCAGGGAGAGCACAAGAUACAGCGUGGUUACCUUCCAGUGACAACAUACAGCUGCCACUACUUCUUAGAACCUGGUUUUGCAACAGCUAUAGGAAACUUUCUUGAACGUGAGACAGCUCAGGUUAAGCAUGUCGUCAAGGUCCUCCACGAUUCAGGUCCAUACAAGGAAGAGAUUUUGAAAGAAUUUGCACCCAGCGAUGAAAUGUAGAACAGCGAAAGGAACUUGCAACUAUGAAUAUGGUCAUGAUACAAGAAUCAGACUUAGCUAGGAAUAUGGUUGAUCCCAUACCCCUUACAAGGGGCAAUAUUGUGAUUGCAAAGACUCAGAUCUCUACCUUUGUACAUUACUAGGCAUGUAAAUAGCAAAUAUUUAAUAUAAAGUCGUCCAUUUGAAAGGUCUGCAUCCGAAAGGAAGCAUUCUA